AUGGCUUCAGCCGGAGGCCGGAGAUGGCAGCAGUUCUUCCAAGAGAUGGUCAUGGUCGCAGGCACUUCUGCCUCUGCAUACUUCCUUAUCCGAUACCUCAUAUCACGUCUUGAUUUUGACCCCGAGAGCCAGAAGAAAGAGGAACAGCGCCAAAAGUCAGCGGCCAUCUUGCGCCGAUUGGAGGGCGGAAACGACGAAGAUAGCUCUCGGUCAAAGGAUGGGAAGCGAGGGAAAGGUCAGCGAAAGCGCGAGCUUACCUUGAAUCAAUACGAGCAAGCAAUCGCAAUGGAUGUCGUUGCGCCAGAAGAUAUUGCGGUCUCCUUUGAGGAUAUUGGAGGCCUGGACGACAUUAUUGAGGAGUUGAAAGAAUCGGUCAUCUAUCCGCUGACUAUGCCGCACCUCUACGCCUCUACUUCCUCUCUCCUCACCGCACCUUCGGGUGUGCUCCUAUAUGGCCCGCCUGGCUGCGGAAAGACCAUGCUCGCAAAAGCCCUCGCGUCCGAGAGUGGCGCAUGCUUUAUCAACCUGCAUAUUUCCACGUUGACAGAGAAAUGGUACGGUGACUCAAAUAAGUUGGUCAAUGCGGUGUUCUCGCUCGCGCGCAAGUUGCAACCGGCUAUUGUCUUCAUUGAUGAGAUCGAUGCGGUGCUCGGAACCCGCAGGAGCGGCGAGCACGAGGCGAGUGGUAUGGUGAAGGCAGAGUUUAUGACGCACUGGGAUGGUCUCACCUCAGCCAACUCUACCGGAGAGCCGCAGCGCAUUGUUGUUCUGGGUGCCACCAACCGCAUUCAAGACAUCGACGAGGCCAUUCUCCGAAGAAUGCCCAAGAAAUUCCCAGUGACACUUCCCCCGAUUGCCCAACGACUCCGGAUUCUCAGCAUCAUUCUCAAAGACACCAAGGUUGACCGAGAGAACUUUGACCUACACUAUCUAGUUAAGACUAUGGCUGGGAUGUCCGGUAGUGAUAUCAAGGAAGCCUGUCGUGAUGCCGCCAUGGUUCCUGUCCGUGAGCUCAUUCGAACCCAGAAAGCGAACGGGAUGAACAUGGAUGCCAUGAAUCCCCAGGAAGUCCGGGGUCUUCGGACCGAAGAUUUCUUCUCGCGCGCCGGAGGCGUCAAAGUGAUCCAUCCGGACAACUUGCCGACUUCCACUGGCAAGGUCAGCGAGAAGGAGGAAGGCGAAUGGAGCACCGAGUCAGAGGCCACUUCUGAAACCGAACCCCGACCCUCUGUGAUGGCUGAGCCCCCAGAGUAA